AUGAUUGUACAUACAUUCAACUUCCCCAAAUGCAGACCAGAGGAAGUGACGAAUAUCAAAUGUCUCACCAACAGAGAAUCAUUUCCAGCGAUUUCCGUUAAUGUUACUCCAAAUUCAUAUAAGUCUGACUUCAUUCAAGUUGCUUCUCCAAGUGGAAAUUCCGACGAAGAAAAGAUCACAUUCAGAUCAAGAAACAAUUUUAUAAUAGCUAGAAGCACGUUGGCAAAUUUAGUUCAAGAAAAACAGUCCAAUUUUGAGAAAGUUUCCAAGUUGGUUUCAAUAGUACUCAACGUUUCUUUCAAACUUUACUUUGAAUAUCUCGCUAUACUAGAAUCCUACUGGUACGAAAAGAAAAGUUCGACUCUCCAUUCUCCAAAAAAAGCCAAAAAUAUAGUUGGUAUAAAGUAUUCUGAAAUUUUCACCAGCUUAUAUCCAGAGUCUUCAGUAGAGACGAAGAUGAAACCUCAGAAACAUCGAUUUAGGUUGACAAAUGCUCCUGUUAGGACACGGAAGAGAUUGGUUAAGAAAAAAGAGUCAGUUAAAGGAUUCAAAAUUGGCAAAACGUCCUACAGUUGUAAUUAUGGUAUUUUGACACAAGAUAUUUUUAAAGAAGAGCUAGCCAAAGGCGAAAGCUUACUUAAUGAUAUCAAUGAACUAAAACAACUUACAAGUCUCAUUCGAGAAUUUGGAGAACAAGAAAACCAAUCUACUCAAAUUGGUAAUGAUUUAAAUGAAAAAUAUUUUGAUCCUCGAUUGGAUUGGGCGUUGAGUCAACUACAAUCUACUUUAGAAACCAUUCGAAAUUUUGAAGGCGAAAGUUCACUUUUGGUGUCCAGUGAAUCUGCUCAAGAGUUCGAGUUGAAUCAAAUUUCAAUAACAGUAAGUGGAACAGACAAACUAAUGGAAACUGUCAAUAACAGUGCCGACAGAAAAGUCACUACCGAGCUUGGAAAGCCCAGAAAGAGGUUAGCUAGCUCCGCAAAGAAUUUACUUGAACAAAUAUUCUUAGUACAGCAAACACCAAACAGGAGGGAAAGAGAAUUGAUUGCGAGAAAAUGCGGAGUAACACCUUUGCAAAUUAGAGUGUGGGUAUGUAUUUACGAUCAAAAUUUUUAUAAAGUAUAA